AUGUAUUUGAUAGACCUUCAACUUUGCAAAGAUAGAUUGAAGCGGACCAUAUAUCUGGAAUCAAUACUGUUAAACUACACCCCUGAUAAGUUCGAGUUUGUUUCGAAUCUUGUCAAAAGCUUGGACGAAUCUGCCCGAGAAUAUGCCCAGAUCUUAAUCUUUGAAGGCUAUGUAAGAGCAACAAAAGAGAGCCUUGACUACAAAAUAUUAUGGGAGAGCCUCUAUCCGGAUUCUCCUAUGGAAAACUUUAGUUCAUUGGAUGAGUUCAAUGAAAAAUUGUUCACAAUCUCGGCCUCAAUUGUAAAGACAUUUGAAGAUAAUAUGAAAACAAGCAGAAUACUUAGAUCAAUCAUUUGUGACGAUGUUGAAGAAUUUAAGAGUCAAUUUAGGAACGAGGACCUUAACAGAAGAUUUGUUUUCUUGAACGAUCAGAAGGCAGAUUCUCCUGAUCAAGUAAGCCUAAUAGAAUAUGCUUCAUUUUUCGGAUCGUAUCAAAUUUGUAAAUAUUUACUUGACCUUGGAGCGAACAUGAGUUACAGAUGCAUUACUAAUUCGGUCAAAUCAGGUAGUAUCCACUGUUAUUCGCUCUUUUCAAGCGAUGUGACAAAUUUUGCCGAAUUAUUAGAUAUUGCCAUUAGCUACCAUCGCCACAAUUUUGUUCAAAUCUUCUAUGAAAAGGUCAAAAGUGAGACUUCAUUUAUUCAAAGUGCCAUAUUAAACAAGGAUACGGCAUUUUUCAUCCAAUGCGUAGAGAACCAGGAAGACUACGAGACAAAUGAAGUUGAUCCAUUGGUUUCAUCUGCAAUUGCCGGUAAUGCUGAGCUUUUCAAAAUCCUCCUCCAAUGCGGUUUUGAUAUUCAUGCAAGAGAUCCAGAUGGCAACAACAUUUUGACCAUCACAGCUCUCUUCGGUCAUCUUGAAAUAGCUAAAACAGCUAUUGCCACCAACCUUUACGCCGCUGAAGACAUCAAACGCGCUUCAAUUACUGCGAUAGACUGUGCCAAAGAAGAUGUCGCCCUCUUCAUGUUACAGCACUUGUAUUCACAUGACAACUGCGCACCAACAGCCGUCGAAUUGUAUCAUGCUAUCAACGCUUAUUGCCCAAGAGUUGUCGAAUACAUUUGCAAAUUCCAUCCGGACUUCGACUAUAAGACCAAAGAUGGCGACAACCUGUUGGAAUUCUCUCUGUCAAUAAAGAAGUUUGAUCUUACGGCUAUUAUGCUCAAUAAUGGAGCUGAUGUUAAUUUAAUCAAGAAAGUUGACAUCAGAGAAGAGCCGUAUUGCUCUGAAUUGAGAGAAUUCAUUCCAGACUCUUUUUAA